AUGCUUUUUCUACGUCUGCUUGCAGAUAUCUCUACUCUGCAUGAUGAUUCUGCGAAUACCAGCCCUAAACCAUCGUCACAAGAUUUCCAACCCGCCGCUCUUACCGACCUAUUCUUUGCUCUCCAGCUCACAUCUUUAGGAGGAUUCUUGAUCAUAUUGCUCACGGUCCUGCUUUCUGAUCGAGUCACCAAAAGACACCCGAUUUGGGUUAACUUUAUCUUGAGCUGGAUUAUCUCAUGUAUCUCGUACAGCUUCAUGGUUGGUCACUCCAUUGACUGGGAGCCUCCUCGCGAACUCUGCUUGACACAGGCCAUUUUGGUGUACACCGUUCCCUCCUUAACCGCUGGGGCCACGUUUGCACUUCUCGUCCAUGUUCUGAUUUUCUUCCGUGUAACGUUUACUUUUCCGGAAGCUACGCGGCCCAGAGCAAUCUGGUACAUCUUGUUAAUCUUCGUGCCUUACGUUCCAGCCUUGGGUAUGUUGUUCCUGUCCCUCGGCAUCGGGAUUUCAGAUCCAGGAACUGUCAAGAUACUCGAGAAUGGGAUGUAUUGUAACAUGCGCAACGAAUUUCCAGGGAAAUUGUCGGCAAUCAUAGUGACUGUGUGGAUGAUUGCUUGUGUCAUUUUGGAGGUCUUGAUCUUCAAAGACCUUCGCAGGAACUGGCAGGCCGUAAGGGAUGAAGUAUUCGCACAUAUGAAAGGGACAACCAUCAGGAUUUUUGUCUUCAGUGUAUCGACCAUUAUAGCUGCCUGUCUCGGUGUCAUAUUUUUCUUCGAAGAUAAUCACGGACCGGCUUUGAAUAUCAUUAUUGCUCUUAUUCCGCUGAACGCCAUGCUUGUAUUUGGGUCUCAAGGGGAUAUCAUUCGUUCAUGGAUAUCUGCCUUUCGUAGGAUAGGUCGCUUAUUUUGUAGGCGCAACUCGGACGACCUUUCCUCUUCUUCCGGAGAAGGGAUCAUUGGAAUGACUAGCUGGAGUAGUCAGAAUAACUCGACUGGCUCCAAUUUGAACACCCCACACACAGCCUACCCUCCUUCGUUUUAUAAUGCCAUGUGA